AGAGCGCGGUCAAAUGUAACAGUGAUAAAAUCGAGGCCAGAAGUGCCACAAUACCAGGCGGGGGAGCCCCUUUCUCACCACACCAAAAGCAGCAUCGCUUUGCCUCAUUGAAAGGAAAGGGAGGAGAGAAAUGCAGAGGGAUGUAAGAUGGCAGAACUACAAAUGUUGCUAGAGGAAGAAAUUCCGGCCGGUAAACGAGCGCUUGUGGAAAGCUACCAAAAUCUAUCGAGGGUUGCAGAAUACUGUGAAAACAAUUAUGUACAGGCCCAGGACAAGAGGAAAGCUCUGGAGGAGACGAAAGCCUACACCACCCAGUCCCUGGCCAGCGUGGCCUACCAGAUCAAUGCCUUAGCCAACAACGUGCUGCAGCUGCUGGACAUCCAGGCCUCGCAGCUGCGCCGGAUGGAGUCCUCCAUUAACCACAUCUCUCAGACGGUGGACAUACACAAGGAGAAGGUGGCGAGGCGAGAGAUUGGCAUCCUGACCACCAAUAAGAACACGUCGCGCACGCACAAGAUCAUUGCCCCCGGCAACAUUGAGCGGCCGGUCCGGUACAUCAGGAAGCCCAUCGACUACACACUGCUGGACGACGUGGGCCAUGGUGUCAAAUGGCUUAAAGCCAAGCAACAAGGCAACAACCAACCAACGAGGGGAGGAGGAGGAGGGACAUUAUCCAGGACCAAUCCGCCCACACAGAAACCCCCGAGCCCGCCCAUGGCUGGACGUGGAACUCUUGGGCGAAACACCUCCUAUAAGACCCUGGAGCCAGUCAAGCCGCCAACAGUCCCCAACGACUACAUGACCAGCCCUGCCCGACUAGGCAGUCAGCACAGCCCUGCACGCACAGCCUCCCUCAACCAGAGACCCAGAACACACAGUGGCAGCAGUGGGGGUAGCGGGGGGCGAGAGAACAGCGGUGGCAGCAGCAUUAGUGUUCCUCUGGCCGUGCCCACGCCCUCCCCUCCCAGCCUGGGACCAGCAGCGGCCCACCAAGGCCCAGGCCUGGGUCCCAUCCCUAUGGCCCAGUUUGGCACCAUCUCACGACAGGUCUCCCGCCACAACUCAGCCACUUCCUCAGCCUCCAUGGUGUCGGCCACGGGUACCUACCGCCGGGCGCCCUCCGGCAGCUCCCAUUUCUCCAUGUCCCAGCAGCCCCACCUCAACGGGGGCCCUGCCUACCCCCAGAACUCAGUGUCUGUAGCUCCUCCUCCUCCUCCUAUGGUCCAGCUGACACCUCAGAUCCCUCUGACCGGCUUUGUGGCCAGAGUUCAGGAGACCAUUACAGACGACCCGGUCCCCCCUCCACCGCCCCCUCCCGAGGACGUGGUCAUGUUUGACGAGCCCUCGCCCCCUCCCCCGCCCCCGCCCGUGGACUACCAGGGGGAUGAGGAGGCGGCCGUAGUGCACUACAAUGACCCCUACUCUGACAGAGACCCCCACUGGGCCCCCAAGGCCUACGCUGAGAAAGUGGUGGCCAUUUAUGACUACUCCAAGGACAAGGAGGACGAGCUGUCCUUCAUGGAGGGCUCCAUCAUCUACAUCAUCAAGAAGAACGAUGAUGGCUGGUACGAGGGCGUCUGCAACGGCGUCACCGGCCUCUUCCCCGGCAACUACGUAGAGUCCAUCAUGCACUACACAGACUAAGGGCGGCCAUUUUGAAUGAGAAAAAAACGCCAAGAUGUUACCAAAAAAAAAAAACAUUUUGAAUCAAGUGCUGUGUUUAGUAUUUGAAACGACAAGGUAGGUUUUAGUAAGAUGUUGGCUUUUUUUUUUGGGGGACUCUUAUCCACACAGCAACAUAUACAUUUUACUUUCACAGACACACAUAGAAAAAAAGAAUAAAUCAAACAUAAAGAAGUGCAUUAGGACAUGACUGAAUGUUUGUCUUUGUCCAAAUCGCAAAUGUUAAGAAGCGAAAUAGUCUAUUUACUAUGCUACAUGUUGAAAAGGAGGGGUGGGGAGCUGGGCCAAGGGACCAGGAAUAGGGGCCAGGGAAUAGGGACCAGGAAUAGGGGCCAGGGAAUAGGGGCCAGGGAAUAGGGACCAGGAAUAGGGGCCAGGGAAUAGGGGCCAGGGAAUAGGGACCAGGGAAUAGGGGCCAGGGAAUAGGGGCCAGGAAUAGGGACCAGGAAUAGGGGCCAGGGAAUAGGGACCAGGAAUAGGGGCCAGGGAAUAGGGGCCAGGGAAUAGGGACCAGGAAUAGGGGCCAGGGAAUAGGGGCCAGGGAAUAGGGACCAGGAAUAGGGGCCAGGGAAUAGGGACCAGGAAUAGGGGCCAGGGAAUAGGGACCAGGAAUAGGGGCCAGGGAAUAGGGGCCAGGAAAUAGGGACCAGGAAUAGGGGCCAGGGAAUAGGGACCAGGAAUAGGGGCCAGGAAUAGGGGCCAGGGAAUAGGGGACAUCAAAGGGGAAUACUGAGUGUAGAAGUCAAAAAGAACUGAACGUGAUUUUUCAUAUUUCUGGUGAUGUUUUGUUUUUGUUAUAUAACUUGUAUAUACUGUAAUGUGUUUUUGUUAUAUAACUUGUAUAUACUGUAAUGUGUUUUUGUUAUAUAACUUGUAUAUACUGUAAUGUGUUUUUGUUAUAUAACUUGUAUAUACUGUAAUGUGUGAAGCUGACAGUUGGUUUGCCAGUAGUGUGUUUUACUUGUGAGUUUUUUUUUCUUCAUCGGCGUCUUUUGAUUGGUCAGCAGCAAGCCAAGUUGUGCCAGAUACAGAUGGUUUAACUCAAUCAUAUUUUGUCGUUGUGUUUCGGGUAUUAUUUUAUUUUCUACCCUAGGCUCGGCCAAAUGUCACUUGAUAAGAAUGUUUUUUUUUUUUUAUGUGGAAAAUAAAGUGUAUCUUGCUUAUA